AUGAGAAAAACAACACUUUAAUCUGAUUUAAAGUUACAUAAGAAAAAAAUGUUUAACAAAGAAAACAUACCAUAACCUGCAAAAACAGGUAGAAAACAUUUUAAUGAAGAUUAAAAUAAUUCAACUAUAAAAUAAACAGAACAUAAUUUUAAACUAAAAAAAGUAAGAUUAUUUUUGAUUAUAAGACAGUAAUGAUGUUCCCUGAAAAAAAGAAUGUAACAAAUUAUAAUAAUGUAAUUGAACGUAAACCUUCAAUUAGAAUGUUUUAAUAAUAAACAACAAAUUAUAAUUUUAGACUUGGUGAGAAAUAAUCUUAAAUAUCAAAAAGUACUGCAAAUUUUCAUCCUCUUCGAAGUAAUUCUGCUAAUAUUUACUCUAUCUUUAAUAAUGAUAGAGUAAAAAAUGAAAAAAAAUUUUGA